UGCUUCAUGAGGAAAUGAAUUUGUCCAGAAUUGAGUCUGCAAAUGAUAAGAGUGAUGGGAACGAUAAUAGCCAGUUGUUGCGUGAUAUUGAGGCAAUAAGCAAAGCCUUGUACUUGCCGAAAACCAGGACAAAGGCUUUGAUUUCACCAAAUCGAUCUAAAUCUGCUGAAAGAACCCGUUUCGCAGAUUCAAAAUCAAAACAGAACUCAGGAAUCCACGAUGAAAAUGUGUUGCACAAGAAUAAGAAAUCAUCAUUAUUAUGGAAUUGGAAGAAGCCACUUAAAGCUUUAGCGCACAUUGGGCAUAACAGGUUCAAUAUAUGUUUUUUUCUCCAUGUGCAUUCAAUUGAAGGUUUGCCAGUGAAUUUCAAUGACAUUAGUUUAUCUGUGCUUUGGAAGAGAAAGGAUAAGGUGUUACGAACCCGUCAAUCGACGGUUGUGCAGGGCAUUGCUGAAUUUGAAGAGACGUUGAUGGAUAAAUGUUGGGUUUAUGGUAGUAGAAGUGGGUCCCAUAAUUCAGCAAAAUAUGAAGAGAAGCUUUCUUUGAUUUUGGCUUCUGUAGUUGAGGCUCCGGGAGUUGAUAUAGGAAAGCAUUGGGUUGAUCUCACCCGGCUAUUACCUCUCACUUUGGAGGAGUUGGAGGGAGAGAAAAGCUCUGGUAAGUGGACAACAAACUUCAAGCUUGCAGGCAAGGCUAAGGGUGCAACACUAAAUGUUAGUUUUGGUUUCUCGGUGAUGAAGGACAAUUUUGUUCAAUCAAAGAACAAUAUGAAUGUUUUUGCAACUAGUAAUGACAAUAAUAUGCUUAGAAGGGUUGGAAGUGUUCCUAGUAGCUAAGACCUCAGGUCUGCCCUCUCUUCAAUGUCUCUUGAUGCCAAGGUUUAUGAGGAAGUUUCACCAAUUCUGGGGUUGGAGCUGUCCAAGUCAAUAAAGUUUUUAUAUGAGAAACUUAAUGAAGCAAACGUGCAUGGUUCUGAAGAGUUUGAUUUAUCGUCUGAACAUGUGGAGUGUACAAAUAAUCUGAAUCUGGAGUCUGCUAAAGAUACUAGUGAAAGUGAGAGUGACAAUGCUGACUUCGUUGUGAUUGAACAGGGGAUAGAAAUGUCUGAAAAGGAACCGUUGAAAUUGGAACAAAGUGCUGCUAAUAAGAUUGAUGGUUCGGUGGUUGAAAUGAUUAAUGUGGAUGAGAUAAUUGGAGAUGAUAACAUAGCCGUUGAAGAGAAUGUAGGAUUCAAUCCAAAAGAAAGUACCUCUAGUGGGUACAUGGAUGAAGUAGUUGUGAAUGACAGCCAAGAUAAAGAGAUUACUGUGUCUCCCACUGGAUCAACCAUGGACGAGUUGGAAUCAGCUUUCAGCGGCCUAUUGAUUUCAGAAUUGGCGGAUUUAGAAUCUCCACUUGAUGUAGAUGAGUUUCUUGAGCAAGAAAACUACAUGGAUGUUAAAUCAAAUUACAGAGCCAGUAAAAUGUUAGAGAAAUCACUUAGCUUGGAUGAUGCUACUGAGUCAGUGGCAAGUGAAUUUUUAAAUAUGCUGAGAGUUGAGCAUGCUUCUUUUGGCUUGAGCUCUGAUGGUGAUCCCAGUUCUCCUAGAGAGCGUCUGUUGAGAGAGUUUGAAAAGGAGACUCUGGCUUCAGGUAAUUUCAUUUUAGGUUUUGACACAGAGGAGGAUCAGGUGCAUUUCAGUUGCAUUGCUCCAACUGGAUCUGGUAGCUGGGAUUGUUUCCAAGAUUUUGGUCACUUUCCAGAUAUUCCUAGUUCUGAGGAUGAGCACAAGAGUGCAGAUUGGUUGUUGAAAAAUAGAAGGAAGGCCAACAUUCUUGAAGACUUGGAAACUGAAUCUUUAAUGAGAGAAUGGGGCUUGAAUGAGAGGGCCUUUCAGAGUUCUCCACGCUAUUGCUCUGAUGGAUUUGGAAGUCCAGUGGAGCUCUCUUCUAAAUAUUCAUUUGAGUUACCUGCACUUGGAGAUGGCUUUGGACCUUUUGUUCAAACAAAGGGUGGAGGUUAUCUGAGGUCUAUGAGUCCCUUACUUUUCAGAAAUGCUAAAAAUGUUGGGAGCCUGAUCAUGCAAGUUUCUAGACCAGUUGUGCUUCCAGCAGAAAUGGGCUCCGAAAUCAGUGACGUACUGGAGCACUUGGCAUCAGUUGGAAUUAAAAAGUUGUCUGUGCAGACAAAGAAAUUAAUGCCUUUGGAGGAUAUUACUGGGAAGACACUGAAAGAAGUAGCACUGGAAGCCACACCUAUAACUAUGGUGUCAGAGAGGCAGGCUGCACCACUGUAUGGAUCAAUAGUUGGGCAGGAUGCCUUUGGUAGGAGACUGGAAGAUGAAGAAUUUCAAUAUGGUUGGAGUUAUGAAUAUGAAAGCUCAGGUUUAAAUAGUGAUGCGAUCGACUCAGGCUGGGCAUCCGUUGAAAAUUUUACUUCUUUAGCAAUGGAUAGGAUCGAGACUCUGUCAAUUGAAGGUUUGAGAAUUCAGUCCAGCAUGUCUGAUGCGGAUGCCCCAUCACGCAUCAGAAUCCACCCCAUCAAGAAGAACUUUGAGUGGAAAAAUACCAAUUUGGUUGGGUUACUCAAUUCAGAAGGAGCUGCAGAAUUGCAACUACUUGAUGUCAGGGAUGAUGCUAAUGAUGAUGAAUUGAUGGAUUUGUCUGUAACAUUUGAUGAGUGGUUGAAGCUGGAUUGUGGAAUUAUCGGUGAUGAAGAUCAUAUUAACAAGAGCAGGUUAAAGAUAUUGGCAGCCCAUCAUGCUAAAUGCAUAGAUUUGGUUGGUGGAACCAUAGCAGGGCACCUCAACUGGGAUGAGGCAUCUGGUAAAAACCACGGUUUGUUGGGAAAUAACCUCACAGUAGCUCUCAGGGUGUUGCUUCGAGAUCCUCUUCGAAACUAUGAACCUGUUGGCACCUCAAUGCUAGCACUGUUUCAGAUGGAGAGGGUUGUUCUCCCUUUUAAGCCAAAAAUAUGCAGCACAAUCUUAAAUAGAAAUGAGGAAAAGGACAAUGAAGCCAGCUUAAAUGAGUCAGGUGACAAAGAAAAUGAGAAAGAAAUAGAAGGAACUCCAUGGUUUAAAAUUUUAGAAGUCAAUCUUGCAGGGUUGAACACUGAGCUCGGCUCAAACCAGAUUUGGGGUACCAAGACACAGCAACAGUCUGGGACCCGCUGGUUGUUAGCUAGUGGCAUGGGUAAGUCCAGUAAACAUCCAGUUUCGAAGUCAAAGGCCAUUGUAAUAUCUAACAGACAAGGGAGUAGAAAAGUGCAGAAUGAGGAUGUCUUGUGGAGUAUAACCUCUGAUUCUCAUGACACAAGAAGAAAUUGGCAAGAGUCGGUAGGACUGGUUCCAUACAUUCGAAACCCAGACAUUGUAUUUCCAAGUGAAAGUAGCAGGUGAGAUGUAUUUAGUGUGGAUUCUUUUGUUGGCAUAGUAAACAAAGAUGGCAAAGGAACCUUACUGUUUGUAUCACCUAAAUUUACGUCUUUAUCUUUUGAAAUUAUUUUUUCAUUACUUAGCAAGAUUUUUGUAUAGCCUUCUAGGAAUAAAUUUUGAGUGGUUCUGUUGAUCUCUAGGAUCAUAUGAAAGAUGAAAUUUGAAAUUGUAGUUUUGUGUUGGAUGUAAUCAGCUGAUGUGCAUUGAAACAAAUAAAACAAUCUAAGCUCAGUUCUUCAGCCUUGCUCCUUGGUUUGAUCCAAAUUUGCUGUUUUUCAGUAAAUGA